AUGCUCAAACAAGGACUUCUCAAAUCAUCUACGUCGGGCCGAGUUGCUUUGGCAUCAUCAUCGUGCAGCAGAGGCUUGUCCCUCCUCUCUUCGUCCAAAAGUAAUUGUUGUAGUUAUGUAACCAAUAUUGCUUCUCCUAAAUUGUUCUCUUUGAAAAGUGAUGGAGUUCAAUACAACAAGAUGGCAUCAUCAUCGUGCGGAUCAAACGCCUUAUUGUUGGUGUUGAACAUGAAAAAUCAACAAGUGGUGGGAAUGAGAAACUUUUCUACGAGCACAGCUGCAGCAUCAUGGGUAAACCAGCAGCACAACUCGAGUUCUUUAAGAUCUAAUGGAUCAUUACCUAAAAUUAAUAGUAAUAAUAGAAUUAUCUCUGUUUAUCCUCAAAGCAUGGAAUAUUCAACUAGUACUCAAAAUGUUCAACAAGAGGUGGAAGUAGAUAUUCCAGGUCGUAAGGCUGUUUUGGUUUGGUUAAGUACCAUCGGAUUUCUAGUUUUUGCCAUUGUCAUUGUGGGUGGUUUAACGAGGUUGGAAGAAGGAGGUCUUUCAAUGGUCGAUUGGUCACCUCUUGGUUCUCUUCCUCCAAUGACUCCGGAAGAGUGGGAAGCAGAAUUUGAAAGAUAUAAACAAUUUCCAGAGUAUAAGAAAAAGAAUGAAGGAAUGACUGUCGAAGAAUUCAAGUAUAUUUUCUACUAUGAAUAUUAUCAUAGAAUGCUAGGAAGAUUAAUUGGAGCAGUUUAUGCUCUUCCAGCAGUUUUCUUUGCAGCUAAGGGCUACUUUUCAAAAGGAAAGAAUCGAGUACUAUCACCAGCCACAGUUCUCGGUAUCGGAGCUGCCAUUGGAUUCCAAGGUUUGCUCGGAUGGUACAUGGUGAAGAGUGGUCUCGAUGAAAACCAUGAACUCAUGAAGAAGUACAAUAGUAUUCCUCGUGUUUCACAAUAUCGCUUGGCCUCUCACUUGUGUGCAGCUUUUGGUAUUUAUGCAAUGACCAUGUGGCAAGUUUUUAAUUUGGCAUCAAGAAAUAAGCCAAUCGACACUUUCACAGGAAGCAAACUUUUUAAGGUUGCUGCUCCUAUUUUCUUCACCCUCGUUUUUAUCACUGCCGCUUCUGGAGCCUUUGUUGCAGGUAUGGAUGCAGGUUUAGUGUACAAUGAAUUCCCACUUAUGGGUGGCUCACUUGUUCCAAGUGAUGUUAUGGCUAUUGAACCUUGGUACAAGAACUUCUUUGAAAAUGCCACUACGGUUCAAUUUCAGCACAGAUGGUUAGCCACCUUUGUUGGCACAGCAAUUGCUGUUUUUUGUUAUACCAUGACUAGAGGUGGUAGAGGAAAACAAUUACCAAAGCCCGUCAAAAAUUCCCUAAAUUAUUUGCUUGCAGUGGUUGGUCUCCAGUACACUCUCGGCAUCACUACGUUGUUGACCUAUGUUCCAACUUCAAUUGCUUCAGCCCAUCAGACUGGUUCUUUGACACUUUUCACCUUUGCGUUGUGGAUGGCUCAUAUUGCCAAGAGGAUUAGAUAA